AUGGGGGGUCUUUGUUCUAAGUCUGCUAAAGGUGACAAGAGGGUUGCAAAGAGGGAAGAACAUUGUGGUGAUGAGAAUCUCAAGGAGGGUAGUGAUUUGGUAAGUGUGAAGGAAGAAGAAGGUGCUGUUGUUGCUGAUGGAGUUGGUGGUAGUGAUGAUUUCUAUGAUGGGAUUCCACGAUAUGCUGAUUCUUUUUCACAUAAGUCUAGGUCUGUUAGAUCGAGGCAAGCUGCUGUGGCUAAGGUCUCGGAGGUGGGUUCGCGCCUAGGCAGAGCUGGCACUAUUGGAUUCGGAAAAGCAGUUGAUGUUCUGGACACACUUGGUAGUAGCAUGACAAAUUUAAAUUCUGGUGGCGGUUUUGCAUAUGGAGCUGUAACAAAGGGGAAUGAAGUUGGCAUUUUAGCAUUUGAAGUCGCAAACACUAUUGUCAAGGGUUUUAGUCUCAUGGAAUCUCUUUCGACGAAAAACGUUAAACAUUUGAAAGAAGAGGUGCUUAAGUUAGAGGCUGUGCAAGAUUUAGUGUCAAAGGAUAUGGACGAACUUCUACAAAUCGUUGCUUCAGACAAGAGAGAUGAAUUGAAGGUCUUUUCGGAUGAGGUGAUUCGUUUUGGAAAUCGUUCAAAGGAUCCUCAGUGGCACAACUUGGAUCGAUACUUUGAGAAAAUUAGCAAAGAACUUAAUUCUCAAAGACAAACAAAGGAAGAGGCGGAGUUAUUAAUGCAACAAUUGAUGAAUUUAGUUCAACAUACGGCGGAAUUAUACCACGAGUUACAUGCUUUGGAUAGAUUUGCGCAAGAUUAUCAGCAUAAGCGUGAAGAGGAGGACAAUUCAAGUGCAGCUCAAAGCGGUGACAGUCUUGCAAUCUUGAAGGCAGAACUUAAAAGUCAAAAGAAGCAAGUUAGGCAUUUGAAGAAGAAGUCACUCUGGUCCAGAAGUUUGGAGGAGGUUAUGGAGAAACUUGUAGACAUAGUCCACUUUUUACAUUUGGAGAUAAAUAAAGCCUUUGGCAGUGCAGAUAACCGUAAACCUUUUAUUCAAACCAUCAGCAAUCGUCAAAGAUUAGGUCCUGCGGGCCUCUCUUUGCAUUAUGCCAAUAUAGUGCUCCAAAUGGAUACUCUAGUUGCCAGAUCCGCUUCUAUGCCGGCAAAUACAAGGGAUACAUUAUAUCAGAGCUUGCCUCCUAAUAUCAAAUUAACUCUGCGUUCCAAAUUACCUACAUUUCAUGUUGCAGAAGAGCUCACUGUAGCAGAUAUUAAACAGGAGAUGGAGAAAACAUUGCAUUGGUUGGUUCCAAUUGCUACAAACACGGCAAAAGCUCAUCAUGGUUUUGGUUGGGUUGGGGAAUGGGCAAGCACCGGAUCCGAUCUAAACAAGAAAACAAUGAAGACUGACGUAAUGCGGAUUGAAACAUUUCAUCACGCAGAUAAAGAAAAAGUAGAAAACUAUAUACUUGAACUUCUCUUAUUGCUUCACCGCUUGGCAGUUAAAAGUAAAGCCGGGGGUGAUGUUGGAGAAAUAAAGUCUGCCAUCAAGUCUCGUGUCGGCACUGUCUUACAAAAUACAAAUCAACAAUCGACAAAUGCAGUAUCGCCAUUUCUAACAACUGACGAGCAGAUCAUGCUGAAGGAUGUAAGUAACAAAAUGCGUGUUAGAGGGAUCAGUAAAAGUAAAAGCUUGGACUUUGACAGCGUGAAGACGGUGUCGACCGAUAAUAACAGACUGAUAAAAAGUAGCAGUUACUCAACGACAAGUAGAAGCAAGGAAUUAUCAUAUAACAGAAUUUUCUCUAAGGUUCCUGUGAUUGAUUUUAGUAUUGACAAAAAGAGAGCGUUGGAUGUGAUUGACAGAGUAAAUGUGGCUAGAUAA